CUAGGCCCGAAUGUCGUUAGCCGUGGGGAAAGAUGGCGGAAAAUUUAAAAGGCUGCAGUGUGUGUUGCAAGUCUUCUUGGAAUCAGUUGCAGGAUCUGUGCCGCCUGGCCAAGCUGUCCUGCCCUGCCCUUGGCAUCUCUAAGAGGAACCUCUAUGAUUUUGAAGUCGAGUACCUGUGUGAUUACAAGAAGAUCCGAAAUCUCAAGUGUGUGCGCAUUCUCAAGCAGUUCCACAAGGACUUAGAAAAGGAGCUGCUCCGCCGGCAUCACAGGUUGAAGCCACCCMGGCAUCUGGACCCAAGUUUGGCCAACUACCUCGUGCAGAAGGCCAAGCAGAGGCGGGCACUUCAGCGCYGGGAGCAGGAGCUCAAUGCCAAGCGCAGCCACCUAGGACGCAUUACUGUGGAGAAUGAAGUGGACCUGGAUGGCCCCCCACGGGCCUUCGUGUACAUCAAUGAGUACCGUGUUGGUGAGGGUAUCAACCUCAACCAGGUGGCCGUAGGCUGCGAGUGUCAGGACURUCUAUGGGCACCAGCUGGAGGCUGCUGCCCUGGGGCAUCCCUGCACAAGUCUUCCUACAAUGACCAAGGCCAGGUGCGGCUGCGAGCCGGGCUGCCCAUCUAUGAGUGCAACUCCCGCUGCCGCUGCGGCUAUGACUGCCCCAACCGCGUAGUACAGAAGGGCAUCCGCUAUGAUCUCUGCAUCUUCCGCACAGAUGAUGGGCGUGGCUGGGGCGUACGCACUCUAGAGAAGAUUCGCAAGAACAGCUUCGUCAUGGAGUAUGUGGGAGAGAUCAUUACCUCAGAGGAGGCRGAGCGGCGGGGCCAGAUCUAUGACCGUCAGGGUGCCACCUACCUCUUAGACCUGGACUACAUGGAGGAUGUGUAUACUUUGGAUGCCGCCUAUUAUGGCAACAUCUCCCACUUUGUUAACCAUAGUUGUGACCCCAACCUACAGGUGUACAACGUCUUCAUAGACAACCUUGAUGAGCGGCUGCCCCGCAUUGCUUUCUUUGCCACAAGAACCAUCCGGGCAGGCGAGGAGCUCACCUUUGAUUACAACAUGCAAGUGGACCCCGUGGACAUGGAGAGUACCCGUAUGGACUCCAACUUUGGCCUGGCUGGGCUCCCUGACUCCCUCAAGAAGUGGGUCCAUUGUGGGACUGAAUCCUGCCGCAAAUACCUCUUCUAGCCCUGAGAAGUUUGAGGCCAGACUGACUGCGGGGGUCUGAGGCGACCUCCCCCUCCCCCACUCCUUCCCUCCUAUGGGGGAAUGACUGCCAGGGCCUGGCCUGCCUCCACCUGCU